AAAAGAGACGAUCACGUUCUCAACAAACACGUUCACUUUCACAUCUCCAUAGAGAUUGUGUAGUGUGGAGAAGUCAAAGUUCUUGGAAGAAGAGCGAGGAUAGAGGAUUAUGAAUAUUUUGACUUUUGAGUGAAUUCCAGUGGUAAAUAAGUAAAAAAACAAAAUGGCUUUUAAUCCACUGGUCUGGUAUUGUAGACCAGUGGCAAAUGGGGUGUGGACAAGGCUGGUGGACAAUGCCUUUGGUGCAUACACUCCUUGUGCUACUGACUCUUUGGUCAUCACCAUUUGUCAUUUGGUUCUUAUGGGAUUGUGUUUCUAUAGAAUAUGGUUGAUCAAGAAAGAUUUUAAAGUUCAGAGGUUUUGUUUGAAGUCAAAACUCUAUCAUUACUUGUUGGGUUUUUUGGCUGCUUAUACUACUGCUGAGCCUUUGUUCAGACUGAUUAUGGGUAUUUCCAUUCUGGAUUUGGAUGAACAAACUGGUCUUGCUCCAUUUGAGAUUGUUUCCCUGAUUAUUGAGGCUCUGGCUUGGUGUUCUAUGCUGGUUAUGAUUGGUGUGGAAACUAAAGUCUACAUUCGUGAGUUUCGAUGGUUUGUCAGAUUUGGGGUGCUUUAUACUUUGGUCGGUGAUGCAGUGAUGUUCAAUCUCAUUCUUUCAGCGAAGAACUCUUACAAUAGUUCUGUACUGUAUUUGUACUUGAGUGAGGUCAUUGUUCAGGUUCUUUUUGGAUUACUUCUGGUUGUACAUGUUCCUGAUUUGGAUCCUUAUCCUGGUUACACCCCAAUGCGAACAGAAUUAGUUGAUGAUGCUGAAUAUGAAGAACUUCCUGGAGGAGAGCAGAUAUGUCCUGAGAGGCAUGCCAACCUAUUAUCCAGAGCAACUUUUGCAUGGAUGAAUCCACUCAUGAAGCUAGGCUAUGAAAAAUUUAUCACAGAGAAAGAUGUUUGGAAGUUAGAUACAUGGGACCGGACCGAAACGCUGAAUAACAGAUUCCAGAAAUGUUGGGCUGAGGAAUCACAGAAACCUAAACCAUGGCUUUUAAGAGCACUGAAUAGAAGUCUUGGGCGAAGGUUUUGGUGUGGAGGCGUCUGGAAGAUUGGCAAUGAUCUUUCACAGUUUUGGGGGCCACUUAUGUUGAACAAACUCUUGCAGUCUAUGCAACAAGGUGACCCAGCUUGGAUCGGUUACAUCUGUGCCUUUUCGAUUUUUGGUGGAGUGGUAUUCGGGGUGUUAUGUGAAGCUCAGUAUUUCCAAAAUGUCAUGCGUGUUGGUUUUCGGCUGAGAUCUACUUUGGUUGCUGCUGUAUUUCGCAAAUCUCUUAGGCUAACACAUGAGGCUCGUAAGAAAUUUGCAACUGGGAAGAUAACCAACUUGAUGACAACUGAUGCUGAGGCACUUCAGCAAAUAUGCCAAGCACUUCACACAAUGUGGUCAGCUCCGUUUCGCAUUGUUGUUGCAAUGGUUCUUCUUUAUCAGCAAUUGGGUGUAGCUUCACUUCUUGGUGCAUUAAUGUUAGUUCUACUGUUCCCCAUACAGACUCUUGUUAUCAGCAGAAUGCAGAAAUUGUCUAAGGAGGGUUUGCAACGUACAGACAAAAGAAUUGGCCUUAUGAAUGAAAUUUUGGGUGCAAUGGACACUGUGAAGUGUUAUGCAUGGGAAAGCAGUUUUCAAUCUAAAGUUCAAAGUGUUCGGACUGAUGAAUUGUCCUGGUUCCGCAAAGCAUCACUGCUAGCAUCAUUGAAUGGUUUCAUUCUAAACAGCAUUCCAGUUGUGGUGACAGUCAUUUCAUUUGGCAUGUUCACUUUGCUUGGAGGGAAUCUGACACCUGCUCGGGCAUUUACUUCUAUUUCGCUAUUUGCUGUGCUUCGGUUUCCCCUGUUCAUGCUUCCUAAUAUAAUAACUCAGGUGGUAAAUGCAAAUGUAUCAUUGAAACGUCUGGAGGAGCUUUUCUUGGCUGAAGAAAGAGUUCUCCUACCAAAUCCUCCACUUGAUCCUAAAUUGCCAGCCGUCUCAAUAAGAAAUGGUUACUUUUCAUGGGAUUCAAAGGCAGAGAGGCCUACAUUGUCAAAUAUCAAUUUGGAUAUUCCAGUCGGUAGCCUGGUUGCAGUAGUUGGCAGUACAGGAGAAGGAAAGACCUCUCUUAUAUCGGCAAUGCUUGGGGAGCUUCCUGCAGUGUCUGAUGCAAGUGUUGUUAUUCGAGGGGGGGUUGCUUAUGUUCCACAAGUUUCAUGGAUUUUCAAUGAAACUGUACGAGGUAAUAUAUUAUUUGGGUCUCCCUUUGAAUCAGCAAGAUAUGAGAAGGCAAUUGAUGUGACUGCAUUGCGGCAUGAUCUUGACUUGCUGCCUGGUGGAGAUCUUACCGAGAUUGGUGAACGUGGAGUAAAUAUUAGUGGUGGGCAGAAGCAAAGGGUGUCCAUGGCAAGGGCUGUGUAUUCAUAUUCAGAUGUGUACAUAUUUGAUGAUCCUUUGAGUGCUCUGGAUGCUCACGUGGCUCGCCAGGUUUUUGAUAAAUGCAUCAAGGGAGAAUUAAGGGGGAAAACAAGGGUUCUUGUUACAAACCAGCUGCACUUUCUUUCACAGGUUGAUAGAAUUAUCUUGGUCCAUGAGGGUACUAUAAAAGAGGAGGGAACAUUCGAGGACCUUUCUAAUAACGGCCAGCUGUUCCAAAAGCUGAUGGAAAAUGCUGGAAAAAUGGAAGAAUAUGAGGAAGAAAAGGAAGAUGCUGAAACUUCUGAUCCUAAGACCUCAAAACCUGUUGGUAAUGGGGUAACUAAUGAUUUGCCAAAGAAUGCCAACCAUACAGAAAAACCAAAAAUAGGCAAAUCGGUUCUUAUUAAGCAAGAAGAACGAGAAACUGGUGUUGUCAGUUGGAAAGUUUUGUCAAGGUACAAGGAUGCAUUAGGAGGCCUAUGGGUGGUAAUAAUUCUUCUUCUGUGCUAUGUCUUGACAGAAACUUUAAGAAUUUCAGGUAGCACAUGGUUGAGUUAUUGGACAGAUCAAGGUUCUUUGGAGAGACAUGGACCUGGUUAUUACAAUUUGAUAUAUUCACUUCUGUCAUUUUGUCAGGUCUUGGUGACUUUGGCGAAUUCAUAUUGGUUGAUCAUAUCAAGUCUUUAUGCAGCCAAAAGGUUGCAUGAUGCUAUGCUUACUUCCAUAUUAAGAGCUCCAAUGGUCUUUUUCCAAACCAAUCCACUUGGACGAAUUAUCAAUAGGUUUGCAAAGGAUCUAGGUGACAUCGAUCGAAAUGUGGCUAUAUUUGUGAACAUGUUUCUGGGCCAAGUGUCACAGCUCCUUUCUACUUUUGUCUUGAUUGGAAUCGUCAGCACUAUGUCUUUGUGGGCUAUAAUGCCGUUAUUGGUUUUAUUUUAUGCGGCCUACUUGUAUUAUCAGAGUACGGCUCGUGAAGUAAAACGUUUGGAUUCCAUAACCAGAUCACCGGUUUAUGCACAAUUCAGUGAAGCACUUAAUGGCUUGUCCACGAUACGUGCAUAUAAAGCUUACGAUCGGAUGGCUGACAUUAAUGGGAAAUCUAUGGACAAUAAUGUCAGAUUUACUCUUGUGAACAUGGGUGCCAAUCGGUGGCUUGCAAUCCGUUUGGAAACAUUAGGAGGCCUGAUGAUUUGGUUUACAGCAACAUUUGCUGUUAUGCAGAAUGGAAGAGCUGAGAACCCGCAGGCAUUUGCAUCAACUAUGGGUCUGCUUUUAAGUUAUGCAUUAAAUAUUACUGGUUUGUUGACUGGUGUAUUGAGGCUUGCAAGUUUGGCUGAGAAUAGUUUAAAUGCUGUUGAGAGGGUUGGCACAUAUAUAGAUUUACCCUCAGAGGCUCCACUCAUUAUCGAGACCAACCGCCCUCCUCCUGGAUGGCCUUCAUCAGGAUCUAUAAAAUUUGAGGAUGUUGUCCUGCGCUACAGGCCUGAACUUCCUCCAGUCUUGCACGGAUUGUCUUUUAUGAUUGAACCGAGUGACAAGGUAGGGAUAGUUGGAAGGACUGGGGCUGGGAAAUCUAGCAUGCUCAAUGCUUUAUUUCGAAUAGUAGAGCUGGAAAGGGGAAGAAUUUUAAUUGAUGAUUGUGACAUUGGGAAGUUUGGAUUGAUGGACUUACGUAAAGUACUUGGUAUUAUACCGCAAUCACCAAUCCUAUUCUCAGGAACUGUAAGAUUUAAUCUUGAUCCUUUCAGUGAACACAAUGAUGCUGACCUUUGGGAGUCUUUAGAGAGGGCACAUUUGAAGGAUGCCAUCCGCAGGAAUUCUCUGGGUCUGGAUGCUGAGGUUUCAGAGGCAGGGGAGAAUUUCAGUGUUGGACAAAGGCAACUAUUAAGUCUUGCUCGAGCAUUAUUGCGGAGAUCUAAGAUACUUGUUCUUGAUGAAGCAACUGCAGCUGUUGAUGUUAGAACAGAUGCACUUAUUCAGAAAACUAUAAGGGAAGAAUUUAAAUCAUGUACUAUGCUGAUUAUAGCUCACCGACUUAACACCAUCAUUGACUGUGACCGGAUUAUUUUGCUUGACUCUGGCCGGGUUCUUGAGUAUGAUUCCCCAGAGCAAUUGCUGUUAAAUGAAGAAAGUGCUUUCUCUAAGAUGGUUCAGAGCACAGGUGCUGCAAAUGCUCAGUACUUGCGCAGUUUGGUACUUGAUGGGGAAGGAGAGAACAGGUUGGGCCGAGAAGAGAACAAGCGAUUAGAUGGACAGAGAAGAUGGCAGGCCUCUUCUCGUUGGGCUGCUGCUGCCCAGUUUGCCCUUGCUGUAAGCCUUACUUCAUCACAGAAUGACCUUCAACGUUUGGAAAUUCUGGAUGAGAACAGUAUUCUCAUGAAAACAAAGAAUGCGGUUAUAACUCUGCAACGAGUUCUUGAAGGGAAGCAUAACCAAGAAAUUGAAGAGUCACUGAACCAAUACGAAGUCUCUUCAGAUGGAUGGUGGUCCGCGCUUUACAGAAUGAUCGAAGGUCUCGCUGUCAUGAGCAGAUUGGCUCGGAACAGGCUACAUGAAUCAGAAUUUGAUGUUGAAGAGAGAUCAAUUAACUGGGACACUGUUGAAAUGUAGAAAGCUAUAAUUCUCUAGUCUUUAAUCAAGGACUUGAUGAUGGUUCUGCUC